CAAUAAUCUGCAAACGUGAUAAUUUAAGAAAUAAAUGUCUUCUAAAGAAAAAGUUGCUAAAACAGGGAAGAAACUAAAUUGGAGAAGGAAUAACCUCAUCUCGCACUUAACUUGACUUGGUCUUUUCAUUUUAUUUAUGGCAAUAGUCAACUCGCACUCAGCUGACUUGGUCUUUUUAUUUUAUUUAUGGCAAUAAUCAACAGACUAAUUAGUCUAGUGUCACUAUUUUAUUAUGUAUAUGGAAUAAUGGAAAAACUAUAUAUAUGUCUGAUUGUCUUCUUAGAGACCGUAUCACUACUACCUUGGAGCAAAUUAAAGCAAUGGCUAAGAUGAUUUCCUUCCUUGCUUCUCUACUAAUUAUCCUUGCGAUAUUCAUCCAAAAAACCCACGCAGUAGAUUACGCCGUCACCAACAGGGCCGCAAACACCCCCGGCGGUGCCCGUUUCAACAGAGAUAUCGGUGCCCAAUAUAGCAAGCAGACAAUGGCAUCUGCCACUUCCUUCAUAUGGAGGACCUUCCAGCAGAACUCAGCAGCUGCCCGCAAAAACGUGGCAAAAGUAAGCAUGUUUGUCGAUGACAUGGGCGGAGUAGCUUACGCUAGCAACAACGAGAUUCAUGUUAGCGCUAGGUACAUCCAGAGUUACUCUGGUAACGUAAAGAGAGAGAUUACUGGAGUAUUAUAUCACGAGAGCGCACAUAUUUGGCAGUGGAACGGGAACGGUCGAGCUCCUGGAGGAUUAAUUGAAGGGAUUGCUGAUUAUGUGAGGCUCAAAGCUGGAUAUGUACCCAGUCACUGGGUGAAACCAGGGCAAGGCAACCGAUGGGAUCAAGGCUACGAUGUGACUGCUAGAUUUCUUGAUUACUGCAACAGCUUGAGAAGUGGGUUCGUAGCACAACUUAACAAGAAGAUGAGAACUGGUUAUAGUAAUCAGUUCUUUGUUGAGCUGUUGGGAAAGACGGUUGAUCAACUUUGGAGGGAUUACAAAGCUAAAUUCCCCGCAGUGAAUGAGGCUGCCUAAUUAUACCGAAAAUGAGAAAUAUCAUCUAAUGCCUUCGUACAAAUUCAAGACCAUGUGUUAUGGUCUUGUUAAAUAAUAAUAGUAAAAAUAAUAAGUACAAGGAUUAAUUACAAGUUAUCUCACUCAUGUAACUAAUUUUUCUUUUUGUUGUUAAUCGUUUGGUAUCCGGAGAUUUUCUGCACAUAAGCGCUAUUGAAGAAUGAAGCGCCCCUAUUAAGAAUUUCUCCGUUUCCGGGGCUUGAACCCAAGACCGGUUAAU